GCUGGGGGGGCUGCAGCCCCCCCAAUUUCUCGAGAAUUUGUGUAUUCGGGCAAGCAUUUACAUGAUAUUCUGGCAAGAUACUUACUACAGUUUUUAAAUUUUCAAUAUUAAUCUACAUCAUUUCUAGAUCAUAAACUGCUUCGGUUCUUGAGCGUGAACGGUCUUUUAAUGGAUGGUUUUUAAAUUGUUUAAAUUACUUAAAUUUCAGGAGGUAAAAUAAAAAAUCGCGUAAAGUGAUUGGGUGCAAAAUUUUUCUUGAGACAUAAUAGGAGAAUUUUACAUCCGCCCCAUUAUAAUAUAAACAAAUUACGUCACGAGAAAUCGGUCUAUUUACUAGCGAUAUUGCGACGAAUAUAUUCGGUGUUUACAACUUUUAAACGAACACGAACGCCGAUAUUUUCAAUCAGAGCAAAGCUUUUGGUAUUAAAUUUAUCCACAUAACGUUCUCCAUUUAUAAAAAAGGGCUGAGGAAACUAUUAUCCACAAGGGGAAAACAUUUAGUAGCCAAGCUCUAAUAAAGCGUACAUAUGGCGUCUCGUAAACGACCGUAUCGACAUCGCGUUUGGUGCGAGGAAUGCAGCAAGGAAAUUGACAGUGAUUAUAAGGAGGUCCACUUUCGACGAGUUCACAAUAAUGAAAAAGUUAAGUGUCAUCGAGUGAUGGAUUCAUCGGAUUUAUCGCAGUCAAAGAUCAGUGGUUUCUUUGUAAAAAGUAACAUGACAACCAAGGAUGAUAACCUAACCUUACAGGAAACAGAAUCGAGUGCUAGUAAAGAUUUAGCAGCCACUGGGUCUUUUGAGGAAAAUCUACCUGAGAUUAAUUUGAAGGAGCCCAUAAGCGAAGACCAAACGGAACCAAUGAGAACGUUUAUUGAUGUUGAUGAAUUAAAUCCACUGACGCAGUUCAGAGAAAAUAAAGAAUUGAAUACGGUCACGGAUAAUGAAAAUCUUACUUCCAGUGACGCACUGUUCAUCGAAGAAUUUAACUUAAAUCAAAAUAUACAACGCGUUGCAACACCAGAAUCAACGACGACGUCUAACACUCUAGACACAACAGCAAUACAAGAUUUAGAUUCAACAGCAUCUGUUCUAAAUGAACAGACUAGAAAGGUUUCCCUUAACAGUAUGAAUGAAGAAGAGAUUUCCACCUUGCACGCCCCAAAACAGCCUAUAUUAGGUGAAUAUCCUGCACGAAAAUUCGGCAGUGAAACAUUUGUGCGACGAUUUCAGCCUGAAUGGUACAAGAAAUAUCCAUGGAUUAGUUACGAAGUGGAUAAAGAUGCAUGCGUUUGUUUUGCCUGUAAAGAAUUUGGGAAGAAUACUUCAUUUGUGCUUACAAAUUGGAAGAAGUCGUCAAAGCUGGCAAAACAUGGCAAGAGUGAGAACCACGUCAGAUCCAUGACAAGAUGGCUCCAGUUUAAAGCAAUGGAAAGAAAGAAAACCUCCGUACUACAACAGCUGAAUAGUGCACACCAGGACCAGGUUGCUAUUAACAGACAAUACUUAAAAGUAAUCAUACAAUCUUUGAUGUACACUGCACAACAAAAUGUUGCAAUUAGAGGUCAUGAAGAGAUUCGGGGUGAUAUAUGGGAGAUAUCUGAUAUAAAUAGAGGAAACUUUCUCGAGUUACUUUGCAUAAGAUGCAACGAUUUGCCUUGGCUGAAAUCUAAACUUCAAAGCCAGCUGCAGACACAUGCUCAGUGGACAUCCCCUGCUAUUCAAAAUGAACUACUGGAAAUAGUAGCAAGUGUCAUGCUUGAGAGGAUAGCAGAAGAAGCAAGAAGUAGCGACUACUACGGAAUAGUUGUCGAUGAAACGGCAGACAUCAGUCGAACAGAGCAAUUAUCUCUUUUCCUCAGAUAUGUUUUCAAUGGCGAAACCAAAGAGACAUUCACUGGUUUCUAUUCAACCAAAUCUACGGAAGGAGAAGUAUUGUAUGAGCUGUUAAAGACAGCCAUUGGCAGGCUAGAGUUGACAUUGGAAAACAUUGUCGCAGAAUGCUUUGAUGGCGCUGCAAAUAUGAGUGGCCCUCGCAAAGGACUUGCUGCACGCAUGAAGGAGUGCUCACCUCUUAGCAUCUAUGUUCACUGCCAUGGGCAUCGGCUUAACUUGGCGCUACAAGAUACGAUGACUACAAUUGAGCCACUUCAGAAAGCUUUAGGUGUGAUCCAGAGUCUCCAUAAUUUCUUGGAAGGAAGUCCCAAACGCCACUCCAUCUUCAAUGACAUCAAGGUCGAAGAUGAGGACGAAGAUAUUACACUGACUAUUAAAUCGCAGAGUGCUACUAGAUGGUCUUGUCGUUGGGCAGCUGUAAAGCAGUAG